AUGGCUCUUGGCCCACGGGUCCACCACUUGUGGCUGUGGCUAGAGAUUUUUCUGCCAAAAAUUACUCUUAUCUCAAUCUAUCUUAAAAAACAAUCCGUCCUGAUGGUGGAGAUCAACAAGAGCCCUCCUAACAAGAAUUUAUCCCACGUACCUUGCAAGUUUUUCAAGCAGGGAGCCUGUCAGGCUGGCAACUCCUGCCCAUUUUCGCACUCUACGGAGUCGGCAAGCGAAACUAACGCUUGUAAGUACUUCCAGAAGGGCAACUGUCGGUUUGGUGCCAAGUGUGCGCUGGCACACGUGCUGCCGGACGGUCGCCGCGUGAACUCCAAAAGCACGAAGCCGACCCGGCCUAGAACGUCUGCGUCCAGCACGUCCAGCGAGACGAGCGAGUGGAGCCGGCCACGGCUAAGUCUGCCUGACUCGCCGUUCACGCAAUCAAUAUGGUCUUGUUCCACGGCCGGCUCGCCAAAAGGACUAGGUCCUGCACUGUACGCAUCGCUCACCACAGUGGACGAUACCGCAGUUGAGUCGGACGACAAUAUGGACAGUCUGGAGGAUUUUGUGCCGGGCUCUUUGAGCGAGCUGCUCACGACGGAGGAGCUGAGACGUCGCAGCAAGCCGGCAGACGAGCUCGUGAACGAGAGAAACGAAUUUAGAGAGUUCCGCGAUCGGAUCAAUGGUGGCAGAGAGCUAUGGAAGAUGCAGUUUGUAAUGGAAUAGGCACGCAAAUAUAGGUCAGGAGGGGCAAUGGAAAAUUAAUGAAAGUACUGCAAGUACUGGAUUAGUUACUAGAUAACUGUAGUGGCAUGUAUUGUCGAUAUUAUGCGCUCAUCUUCUGUCGGUCUUUCCCACUCCUCUCUUUCCGCUCAUCAGGUGCUUAGGCAUCAUGGCCACCUCUCUGCGGUCGGCCUCUCCGGCCCGUGCCUGCCUGUUUCUCUCUCUUCUCUCUGCCUUCGCCAUUCUCUCUGCCUUGCUGCGCAGAGCCCCGUCGCUCAGCCCGCUGUUGAGCCUGUCACUCUGGUUGGCAGGAGUAGGAGCCUUUCUGUCCUCAUCCAGCGCACGCACAUAGUCUGAGCCGGUCAGCUCUCUGGCUCCGCCGGCCUUCUCGCGCUUCUCUCUCAGCUUGCUCACGUCGUGGCCCACGUGAUACAUGUGAUUCUCCAGCUCGGAGUAGCUCUUGGUAAUCUUGCUCCGCGGCAUGAUCGACUUGUUGUUGAGCGCCUUGCGCGACCGAGCAGCCUGGAUCAUUUGCUUCUGCUUAUUUCUGAUCCACUCGGCCUUCUCCCGCAGCUCGGCCACCUCGUCGUCCUCGAUCUCCUCAUCAGAGUCGUAAAAUCCUUCCUUCUCCAGUCUCUCCUCUUCCUCCUCCAGAGCCUGCAGCUUAGCACUGAUCUCCGGGUCCAGGAAGUCGUACACGUUGCGACCGUCGAGAAUCUCCGGCAUCACGUCGUUUUUCCACUCCUCGUCCUCCAAGAGAUACUUCUCCUUCAGGUUGAUGUUGAACACACCAGGACCGCCGUUUUCGGCCUCGAUGUCACGUGCCAGCUUCCGUCUGUUUGGAUCCAGUGGAUCGUAGCGGUCGAGCUUUUUGGCUUCCUCCGGGAUGAAUGGCACGCGCUCGACGUCGUCUCUGGCCUGCGGUCUUGCAACGUGGAUUUUGUUGAGUACGUUUGUCACUCUAGCAGUGCCCUUGAGCUUCUGCUCAAUUCUUGACGUGAGCAGCUUCUCGCAGGCCUUGUUUCUCACCUCCAUCACGUUUUCCUCCUGGUAGCAAGACGUCUGCAUCAGCUCGACACCCGGAACGUCCAUCACGCUCUUCACCAGCUGCGCCUGGUUCUCCUCGAGGUCCUCAAUGCGAAUAAUAUCGGUUUUGUUCACAACAACCAGCACAGACUUGUUAGCAAAAAGAGGCUUGAUCGAGUGGAAUAGUUUGACUUGGGCCUCAAUGCUGAAACCACACUGUUCAGACAGGUCCAUAAAGUACAAGACACACGAUCUCAAGUGCGCAAUGGCGUAGAUACUCUGCAUCUCAAUGUUGUUCAUCUCCUCUGUCGGACGGUCCAGAAUACCCGGGGUGUCGAUAGCCUGGAAUCGUAGAUACUUGUAGUCGAAAUGGCCCACGUACAGUGACUUGGUUGUAAAGGCGUACGGCUGGACCUCGACGUCGGCCUUGGUGAUACAUUUGAGGAAACUGGAUUUACCAACGUUGGGGUAUCCACAUAUAAGCAAUGUUCUGGUGUUUGGGUCGAUCGACGGCAGACGACCUAAAUGCUGUCUCACUUGCUCAAGAUACGCGAACGGAUCUUUGAGUUUCUUGACAAUCGUUGCCAUCCGUCCCAAAGCAGCACGCUUGAGCUGCUUACACUGAAAAAGAGACUGGCCAAACUUCAACAGUCGCACGUAGUCUCUGGAAACCUGCUCGAUCAGCGUCUUUGCACGAGAAACAGCAGCGAGAGAGAUCUUGUAGUGAUUUUUUUCGUACAACGUAUCCAUCAAGUCUCUGUGAAAAGGAUGGACGUCAUUGAUGUUUGGAAAUCCUUUCAGGACAUCCUCAAACUUCUCUGUGAACCCUUCAGCCGUAAAUUUGACCUUGCGCAUGUAGAAGGCACGGAUACGCUGGAUCUUAAAACCUGGACGGAUAACCGUCGGCGUCUUUCUUUGAGUCCUGUUUAGGACAAUGUCUAACAUGUCAUUAGACGUGGGAACCGCCGG